CCUGCGGCUUUGCAGUUGCGCAGAACUUCAACGCGUAAAGGAAGUCACACGUUAGCUAGAAAUUGAACAACAGUUAUCGGACCUCAGUUCAAAAGAUUACUCUCCACUGUGUUGCUAUCAUGAAAGAUGUUAACGGGUACCUCAAACAGCAGCAGAGCAACAGCUCCACGCCAGAGACGGCAGCUAAGUGGCACGCUCUGGAAGAUUUAUACAACAAAAGAUUGUGGCAUCAGCUGACCCUCAAGCUGACAGACUUUGUUAAAGAUCCUUGCUUCAAAACAGGAGAUGGCCUCAUCCAGCUUUAUGAAAACUUCAUCAGUGACUUUGAACACCGAAUCAAUCCAUUGUCGCUGGUUGAGAUUAUUCUGUACGUUGCCCGCCAGAUGUCCGAUCCAAAAGAUGCCAUCCCUUUUCUUGAGAAAACCAAAGAAAAGGUAAAAAGCAGCGAGGAAGCCGUCAUUCUCUGCAAGACAUCCAUCGGCAGACUGAAGUUGGAAAUCAACGAUCUUCCUGCCACGAAGAAAAUCAUUGAAGAGGUGGAGGAGAUGUUGAAUAACUUGCCAGGAGUGACUUCAAUCCAUGGUCGAUUUUAUGACCUCUCAAGUAAAUACUACCGCAUCGUCGGGAACCACGCCUCCUACUACAAGGAUGCUCUGCGCUACCUGGGGUGUGUGGACAUCAAAGACCUUCCAGAAACGGAGAAGCAGGAGAGGGCCUUCACACUCGGAUUGGCUGGCCUCUUAGGAGAAGGAGUUUAUAACUUUGGAGAGCUGCUGAUGCAUCCUGUGCUGGAGUCCUUGAGGAACACAGACAAACAGUGGCUUAUAGAUACAUUAUACGCAUUCAAUGCAGGAAAUGUGGAGAAGUUCCAGGGCUUCAAGUCUGCCUGGGGUCAGCAGCCCGACCUGGCAGCACAUGAAGCCAAACUGAUGCAGAAAAUCCAGCUGCUCUGUGUGAUGGAGAUGACCUUCACUCGUCCUGCCAAUCACAGACAGCUUACCUUCACUGAGAUCGCCCAAAGCGCCAAAAUCCCUGUUAAUGAGGUGGAGCUGCUGGUGAUGAAGGCGCUGUCCGUGGGUCUGAUCAAAGGGAACAUCGAUGAGGUGGAUCAGAAGGUGCAGAUGACCUGGGUGCAGCCCAGAGUGCUCGACCUGCAUCAGAUUAAAGGCAUGAAGGAGCGUCUGGACUCAUGGUGCGGUGACGUUAAAAACAUGACUGUGCUGGUAGAGCACCAGGCCCACGACAUCCUGACCUAACUCAUCCUCACCAACCACUCACAUUUCUCCUUAACUUUUUUUUUUUUUACUGGAUGUUUUUUUCUGUUUAUCAUCUGUCCACGACAUCGUUUUCUUUUACAAUUGAUCAGUUGUAAUAACAAUAUCCUCACACAUUGGACUGGAUUCUGUAUAAUAUCAAAUAAAAUCUCUUCAAAAAGGA